CCGUUAUACCGGGAACAAAGUAUAUUUGCUUAAGACCGUAUGAACAUUUUCUUUUGUAGUAAAGAAAAGUAGUACCGUGAGCAAUUACAAUCAUCAGCAAUGUCCAUUGCAAUAUAGAUUUUGCUUUAAGUAUAUUUCUUCUAGCAGUACAAUGUUUCAGCUACUGCUGUUGUCUGCUAUCGUAGCUCACACGGCAUGCAGAAACGUAGAAUAUUUCAUACAGGCAGAGGAAAUCGAUUGGGAUUACGCACCUUCAGGUCAAGAUAUCAUCAAUGAGAAUCAAACCAAUGCAAGAUUUUAUCUCGAAAGAAAAGCAUACCGAAAGGUUGUGUACAGAGAAUACACAAACUCCCUAUUUGAAGAUAAGGCUCCAAGAAAAGAGCAUCUCGGUAUCCUUGGACCGACUAUACAGGCAAAUGAAGGAGACGUCCUGAUUGUGCAUUUCCGCAACUCAGGAAGUCACCCACAUUCAAUCCAUCCAACACGGCUGUCUUACACGAAGGAAUAUGAAGGAAGUAUGUACUGGCAAAUUUCCGGAUUUCAACCAAACACAGACGGCGCCGUUCCCCCAGGUCAGACUUUUACAUACCACUGGAACGUGUCAGCACUUGGGCUCCCACUACCGGAUGUCACGUGUGUAUCCGGCUUGUACUAUUCUGACACCGACAGAGUUCGUGACGUCAAUAGUGGUCUGGUCGGGUUUCUUAUCGUAUGUAAGCAAGAUCACGUCGUUGAGCCAGGAAAAAAGAACAUCAAUAUGCUCUUACAAAGUUUUGAUGAGAAUUUGAGCUGGUACUCAGAUUCUAGUGACGCACAACAGGAGCAAAACAUAAUGCAUUCUGUCAACGGUUUUGUGUUCGGGAACGCUCCGUCCUUGCAAGUCUGCAUUGGAGAUGACGUCACUAUGCACUUUGGCAGUGUGGGCGAUGCGUCAGAACCCCAUACAGCUAGAAUACAUGGACAUAGUUUUGUCUACAUGGGUAAAAGACAACCUUCUGUACCCAUAAUUUCUGGACUCACGGUAGAUGCCAAGUUUCAGGCUGUGGAGUCUGGGAAUUGGCUGAUGACGUCACAAAAUCCGAAACUGAUGAAAGCCGGAAUGCAGGCGAUGGUGACUAUUGCAGACUGUGGUAAUCCGCCUAUAGACCUAGCGGUAAACGGGGUCAUCCGAAAGUACUACAUCGCCAUUGACAGCGUUAUGUUUCCGGGUCGAAGCGACGCAGUUGUGAGCUUUGUCCCCUAUGUCGACUCGAGGUUCACAACGAAAGUGAUGCGUACAAGAGACAACGAUUAUUUGGGUGUACUUGGUCCACUUCUACAAGCAGAAAUUGGAGAUACGAUAAAGAUUGUCGUAAAGAAUAACGACACACGUUCCCAUUCUCUACAGCCCCAUGGAGGCGUUCGUGUCCACAAAUACAACGAGGGCGCAUUCUACAAUGACACGAUCGAUACCGCGCCGAUACAUCCGGGUCAUUUGAAGACGUACUAUUGGACCGUGUCUGAGUUAACCGGUCCUACAGCCUACAAUUUACCAUGUAUGCCAAGCUUCUACACUUCCGGAGUUGACGUCAUCAGCGAAGUACACGCCGGUUUGAUUGGGCCCAUGUUGAUCUGUCAAAGUGGAUUGCUUGAAAACAUGAUACCUGGAAUGCGUGAUAUAUUCCUGUUUUACAUAAGGAGUAAUGGGGUAGAAAACAACGAAAUUCAUGGAUUGAAUGGUUUCCCACCGAAUGCCUUUCCGCGAAUAGAAAUUUCUCUUGGUGACAAUGCAGUAUUACACGCGAUGGACAUCGGAACAGAUGACACCGCGUCUUCAUUGUUUGCUGACGGUAUACCCUUUUCACUAGGUGGCUCUUCGAUAUUUACCCUAGGACUGCAUCAUGGUCUAAUACAAUCCACCAAACUACUUGGCUCUUUAGAAGGACAAUGGAAAAUUGAAAAUACAGCUGGUAAGGAAUUGUCCUUUGACUUCCGGAUUGGCUCUGGUUUAGAAGCAAGGGGCCCUUUGAUGACAAAUGUUAACGAAACGUUUUACAUCGCUAUUGUAACCGAGUAUUUUGAUUAUACCGACAGGAUGUAUGAUGAAUUGGAUUGGAGGAGUCAACAGAAUGGGGUUUACAAGACCGGACCAGAGUUCAUGAAGACGAUGUUUAAAUGUUACAAAAGGAGUGACUUUUUCUGGUCUUGCAUAAAAAAAGCAAAAGGACAACGGCCACCAUUACGUGUUGUUGUUGGAACAAAUAUCAAAAUAGUGUUCCGAAACAACGGUAACCGGAACUACUCGAUGUAUUCCCCAGGCGUGAUGAUACGCCGGUUAGACGGCGGUACUCGUCUGACUGUAAGUCCAGGAGAGAAAGUGGAUUUCAUCUGGACUAUACCGGAAUCAAUCGGACCUGGAAGCGGAGAUCAGGAUUGUGUGAUGAGGAGAUAUUAUUCCAACGUUGAUCCUGAGAGAGAUGUAGCUAGUGGUCUGAUCGGUCCUUUGAUAAUUUGUCGUGAUCAUGCAGCCGUGAUCAUUGACGAAGCGGUCAACAUGCCAUUGCUUGUGGGUGUGGUGAAUGAAGCAAGAAGCUGGUAUAUUGAUGACAAUAUCCCGGCUGAGUAUGCAUCGAUAAACCGUUCAGAUCCCAGUUUUAUCAAGAACAACAGAAUAACAGUGGUUGACUACCGUGCGGCGAUGCAGGAACAGCUUCGAGAAGGGUAUAUCAAUCAAGAUUUUGGUUAUUAUUUGCAUAACAUUGGUGAUGCGUUUCACUCCAUACACUUCCGUGGAUGUAUCAUCUCGGCUAGCAGUGACGUUGAUCUAAUUGGGCAGAACGUCGUUCCGCUCUUCCCUGCGGAAACUAAACACGUCAUCUUCACGUGCAGAGAGCCUGGAUCCUGGAAAUUUGAAGGCAUGAGAUACCAGGACAAAAUACAGAAUCACGAACUCUUUGGAGUUAAUGGUUUAAACCAAGAACCAACUGGUGGCAUCAGUUAGGUAAAGAUUCAGUGAAAAGGAGACGUUGCGUAGUUAUAUCAACUUGUGCAAAUUUGUUUUUUUCAUGAGUUUUCAAUUAUGUCUGCCGUUCGAACGAAAGGAGACUCCACUACUAGUACUGUAUUAGAAUUAGUGUUAGUAUUUAGUCACUGUCACUAUCAAAUAAGGAUCAAAUGAAUCACCUGAAGCAUAUAGAACGUUCUAUUGUAAAUGUAUGAACAUUGAUUCUGUUUCUUUUGUUUCUUCUUCUUUUUUUAAAACGAUAAAUUGUAUGUUAAAGUUACCUGCAUCGCCAACAGGAGGCGUGCAGAGCACUGUAGUUCAGUCAUUGUGACUUUCUCUGCGGAAAGUAAACACGUCAUCGGGAAGAGAGGCUGGAGCCUGCAAAUUUGAAGGAGGCGUGCAGAGCACUGUAGUUCCGUCAUUGUGACUUUCACAUGAAGAUCUAAUAAGUGCAAAAUUGUGUAGCCUAUAGACCAUUUAUAUGAACACGAAAGUGUGAAGUGCAUUUUAUUUAGUUCAUUGUGAUCUUCAUAUGUAGGUCAAUGAUGAAUUAAGUGCCAAUUAGAUAUAUAAAUACACGUAUUGACUAUUGUAUAAACACAUGUAUUUUUACUCACAGAAACAAUCACUAAAUUACAGUAUCUUUGUGGUGAUGCUUCUGCGCUCAAAAUAUAUCUAUAUACGAAAAUAUUUGUUUUCUUCCGAGAAUUAGAAACGGGGCUCAAUAAAUACACAAAAAAUAUUUCUGCAAAUCACUUUCCAGUAUGAAAUGUUUGUGAGUAAAUUUUUGUGGUGGUUUGAAGUUAUUUAGGUCGCUUCGUGGCACAUUCGUUUAUGGAUGCUUCAAAACAAACAGUAGUCCCAUUAAAAAAGUAAAAUGAUAAUUUCAUGGUUGAAAUAAAAAUAAACCACGAAUGUUUUACCUCUCUGUACUCUAAAUGAUUUUUAUGACAUUUUGAUAAAUGAAAGUAUUUUAUUAAACAAAUAAAGGCAUACUUGUCCCGACUUAAGAAAAAUUCUUCAAAAAUAAUGAAACUUGUUUUAGAUACCCUAGUUAUUUAGAUUUUGUGUGACACUGUUAUUUACAUCAUAUUUCUUUCAUCACUUUUACAUGUGUAUCUGUGCAUAUGUACUAAUAAAAAUGUAUCUGAUUGGCGAUACGGACAUCGUAUUGACGUAAUUAAUAUAAAUGUUUGUUUUUGCAAUUAGAAUACAAUUUUUAGUUUUUAGUUGGUUAGUCAGCAUAACGCAUCCAACUAGAAUACUACCAUAUUUAUAACAGAGUCUGAUUUAGGAAACUAAACAUAUACACUCCAUUAAAGGGGAGGCUGAUAUGUUACUACUCAGUAAAGGAAAAUAAACAGUAAUGAAACGGAUGUCCCCAUACUUGAAAUUCAGGUUUUAAGUAAGGUGACCGAUUACUGCCGUACUGUAAAGGAAGUUUAUGAGUAGUAUUGUGUAUUGUCAUUAGCUUCAUGUUAUUGACAAUAAAUGAGAAGGCACAAGUAGAUCCGAAUUUUGGUAUUGCAAUGACCCAAAAUAUGUUCAACAUAUAUUAAUGUGAAGAAAGGCAUGCAUUGCAUCACCUUUAGUUACGGUAAAGGGUGUCCACUGCAUCCACUGUCCACUGUUUCCUUCCAGAACUGUUAUUUUCGACUUUGGGUAUUCUCAACUAUAUGAAGUAAAAACAAGUGUCGUAACAAUCAAUACCUGCUCCCAAGAGAAGAUAACUCGGACGGAAUACCACAUGUGGCUUGGAAGGUUUAUGAUGGUGGCUUUGUUAGUCCACCCUUCAAUUGUAAAAAUCUCGUGUACAAGUUAUCGCAUGGACCGCUUAACAUAUUAAGUGCAUACUUCCACCAUAGUGUGAUAGAAAGUGGUUAUAUAACUGAUUUUAUUGGUGGUCAUCGGUUAAGCUAAAAGGGUCAAGUGUCAAACUCAACCAGUUUUGAAGUAAGAUGUGUGGACUCUGAAAUGCUCACAAACCCCUUAAAAGUUUAAAUUUUGUCAUAUUAUUGUGAGAUUGAGUUCUGGACCGGAUACGACUUUUGCCGUCUACUGUCAAUGUUAAAGGGUCAAACGUAACACUUGGACACUUUUUAUCUGAAAGGGGUCAAAGUCACACUUCACAGCCUCUUUCUAAAAACAAAAAAGCUAGGUUACAUAAAAACGUUAUACGGAUUACCAUCACACUUGACCACUUUCGUUCCCCCUGAUUGAGGAGGAGCGGGGAUAUAGCUUUAUAAUCCACCGCACCUUUUUUCAGCUGGUAAAUAUACAUUUGCCCCGUUUCAAGUCUAAGGUCCACUAGACCAUGGUUUGAAAGCAAUAUUACAAGUCAUGUGUUUUAUUUACUCUUCAUUCUCUUUUGGUAUUUUCUUAUUGAUUGAACAAAUAGAAACUAAUGUGUCAUUUAAAAACCUUUGAAGGAGAACCUACCCUACACACACACACACACCCACACCCCAAGUCUACUCAGCUGUAAAUUAAUUUGUGGUGGGACAGUGCUAGAAUUGUAGAAAGCUAAAUUUGAGCGCCGAAAUGACAGCACCGGCUGUAUGCUCCCCCGGGAGUUGAGAAAGGUAUGGGCUGGUUGCAAAGGCAUGGAGUUUCAGUGGAUGGAUUUCAGUCCUGAUAACAUAGAUGUAUUUGUUUUGUCAUGCCCAAUUUGUGUUGCAUGAUACAUGUAAUAUCAUUAUAUCAUUAAUUUAAAUCUGAUCAUAUUGUCAGUGUAUUAUAUAUUAAUAAUGAAUAUUUCUGACAAAAGGGGUUGUACAUUUUUUAAGGAUAUUUUAAACAGAUUCAUAUCACCGUGAAAACAUCGUUUGAUCAAUAAUCACAAACAAAGAAGGGAGGAAUCAAAUUACAUUACGGUAGACUACUUGUGUAAAAUAAUGUGAAGAAAGGCAUGCAUUACAUCACCUUUAGUUAAGGUAAAGGGUGUCCACUGCAUCCACUGUCCACUGUUUCCUUCCAGAACGGUUAUUUUCGACUUUGGGUAUUCUCAACUAUAUGAAGUACGAGAAAGAAUCUUUUGGUUCAUCUCAAAUUUUAAUGUUUACAUAAUUUCUGGUUAUUAGCAUCGGUAAAGGGUAGGUUUUGGAAGGUAAAGAUUUCUUUUAUUCAUUUACUUUUUUUUCUUAAUAGUUUGUUUUGAAUGACAAUCUUUCUGUAAAAUGUGUCUUAAGGUUUGAUUAAUCGGUAAUGCUACUGUAGAAAAUGACUUAAACAAAUAUUUCAUUAUAACGAUAACGAGAAUACUAUGCUUCAAGUUGAUGGUGCCCUUUUUCCAUAACUAAUGGCGUUUGUAUUCAAAUAACACUAAUUGUGCUUAUGUAUAGAUUUCUUGAAUAAAGUAUCAAC